AUUGUCUCAUGGGAUAUUUUUAGCUGAACUCCCAUCAUUUAAUAAAGGUCUAUGUUGUAGAAUUACAGCUUUUCGCUUGCCGUCCCCAUGACUACGAGCUCGUCUCUCAGUCGCAGCCCUACCAACUCGAUACCCUCUCAAACUCCUCUCGAAGUUCCCAAGCAUUGUCGUUCUCAAAGAUUUCACAUCUUCUGGCCUUCUAGGUUCCCUUCUCACGAAGCACUUUUCCCUGUGGUGAAGCUUCUGAAGCCUGGCAGAGGUUGUCUUCUCCUUCGAGCUGUUGAGAGCAGCAGCACAAACGUAGGAUGGACAUCUAGUUUGGGCGAUGAUGAAGAGGAAGAAGACGGGUUAUGUCCUGUGGAUUGCGUGAAGGAGUUCAAGACGGAGGAGGAGUUCUCCAGGAUUCUGGAGAAGGCCAAAGGGAAAAAUUCUCUGGUGGUGGUGGAUUUCUAUCGCACGUCCUGCGGGAGCUGCAAGUAUAUCGAGCAGGGUUUUGUCAAGCUCUGUAAGGGGUCAGGUGAUGAUCAGGGUUCCGUGGUUUUCCUCAAGCAUAAUGUACUUGAUGAAUAUGAUGAACAAUCUGAGGUUGCUGAAAGAUUGCGCAUCAAGGAUGAACUUCCUCUUUGA